AUGCAUUAUACAAUAAACCAAGAGCCAGCAAACAGCGAAAGAGAAGGCUGUGUGGUUGAUCCACUAUCAGCAGAUUCAGUUCAGUUGGAACAGCCCAAUAUCAACGCUGAUGAUGUGCCAUUCAGUACAAGUGCUUUGGUCGAUGUAAACGCAACAAAUGUAUCAUCCGACGAAAUCAAUUAUCACCUGAAGAAAAUGUAUGCGAAUGAUAAUAACAUACCGAUUGAAGGCGAGAUAUCACAAAUGGACGCAGCGUCAAUGAAUGAAUCGAAAAUCUCGAUAACUGAUGUGUCGCGAAACGAAGAAAAAGUCUACAUGAUACCUCGUUCAUCAAAGCCGACCAACGAAUAUUUUAAUCCAAAUCUACUUUUGGGCUUAUUUCCCACUUUGUUUCCGCACGGAACAGGGGCUAUUGAGGAUAGUACACGUCCAGUAAAAGUAUCAUUCAAACAACACAUUCAAUAUCUUCUAUCGUAUAGUGACAAACGAUUUGAAAGGCAUCAUUCGUUUAUGUUUGUAGUGUUUAACAUCCUGCAAAAACGUAAUGCCUGCUUUAAUGCGCGUCUGAUGGUUUCAAAUCCAUAUUAUAAAAACACUGCAAAUCAAAUACAACAAUUAACAAGUCAAGAUAUUCAAAAAGCCCUCGGCAAUAUUGCAAAAAAUACUUAUUCGUCAGAGGCUAAUCCAAAUCUAAAUACAUUACUGAAACAAAUUAAAACCGUUGGAGGAAAAGUGAUGGGAUCACCGCAAUCACGUGCUGCUCGCAGAACAGAAAUUCACUCACUCAUUUAUAGCCAAGGUCUUCCCAGCAUAUUUAUGACCAUCAACCCGGCCGACAUUCACAGCCCUAUCGCAUUAUACUUCGCUGGUGUCAACUUGAACAUCGACCAUAUACUAACUGAUACUUUCCCAUCUACGUUUCACCGUGCACAGAUUGUUGCGUCGCAUCCAGUGGCAGCCGCCAAAUUUUUCAAUUUAUUAAUAACAAACAUUUUGGAAACAUUAGUCAAAGGUGGUGUUCUGGGGGGCUCUAUAAAAGCUCACUAUGGGACUGUUGAAACCCC